ACUCGGUAGUCGCAACAAGAUUAAAUCGAUGUUUUGCGGCGGCGAGGAUCGCGUCGUCGAAACGAAUCCUACUGCGCAUGAAAGCGCAAUGUCAGAUGUCAGUUCUCUUCGAGCCGAGCGUCUGGCUCUCAUCCAUGUGUCAAUGGAUGGCUGAACCGGUUAACCGAGGGACACCUGCUAACCUCUUUGCCUAUUCUCGAGCCGAUUCCUCGGGCUCCGAUAAUUCGCGCGGGAGCAAUUCUUAUGCUUAGGACUAGGAUGUCCAAUCUACGGAAAUUCAUAGAUAUUGGAGCUAAUUUAACAGAUCCUAUGUACCAAGGCAUUUAUCAUGGGUCUCAAAAACAUCCGCCAGAUUUAGACAAGGUUUUAGAGCGAAGUUGGAACAAUAAUCUUUCUAAAAUCAUUAUUACAGCUGGUAGUGUGGAAGAAAGCAAAAAGGCGCUUGAAAUAGCAAGAACCGAUGACAGACUGUAUUCGACAAUUGGUUGUCAUCCGACUCGUUGCAACGAAUUCGAAGAAUGUGGUGAUCCAGAAGGAUACCUUAAAAUACUGUCCGAUCUGGCGCUAAAUAACAAGAACAAGAUCGUCGCUAUCGGCGAGAUGGGCUUGGAUUAUGACAGAUUGAAUUUUUGUCCCAAAGAAACUCAAAAGAAAUAUUUUGAGAUGCAGUUAUCACUGUGUUCCACAUUGAAGUUACCAAUGUUUCUACACUGCCGCAACGCCAGCGAUGACUUUAUACGAAUUCUGAGGAAGCACAAAAAUGAAUUGACGCCAGGCGUUGUACAUUCGUUCGACGGCAAUCCAGAAGACGCGAAUUCCAUAUUACAAUUAGGCUUGUACAUCGGCGUCAAUGGAUGUUCCUUGAAAACGGAGGAUAAUCUUUUCGCAAUCACUACUAUCCCCUCAGAUAGGCUCAUGAUAGAAACUGAUUGUCCGUGGUGCGAGAUCAGGCCGACUCACGCGUCCGCAAAUGACGUUAUCACACAUUUUCCGUCUGUUAAGAAAGAAAAGUGGCAAGCAGACCAGAUGGUUAAAGGACGGAACGAACCCUGUACAAUAGUUCAAAUAUUGGAAGUCCUAGCACGGAUUAGAUAUGAGGAAGAAGAAUAUCUAUGUAAUCAAAUAUAUAAGAAUACGAUGAAACUCUUCUUUCCAUAUGAAUUAUAGUGUGCAAUCACAAAACGAAAAUGUAAGCGCACCUAGAGUGCAGCAUUAAUGAAAGCACACUCGUGGAAGUAAUCAGGGAUAAAAGCUGUGAGAGAGGAGUAUGCUUAGAAGGAAGAAAAGAUAUAUAAAAGAGAAACACGCUGCC